CGCUACUUCCUUCGUGCACUUCGGCACUUCACGUCCGACCAUUUCUCCCUACCGGUGAAGGAUGCUGAGGUGUAAGGCUGGUCACGUGGUUGAAAAGGUUAGAAAGUUGAAGCCAUGGCAAGGUCACAUCCAUGUGCGGGAAUGCGUCUUUUGCCGCAACACCAUUGACCGGCAAGAGCUGCACUACAGCUGUCCGGAGAAAUGCCGCUUUGACGUGUGUCAAUAUUGCUACAAGUCCCAGAUUGCCAAGGCCAAGGUCAAUGCAGCUGGGAGGUCAAGGUCACCCGCCAGUUCUUCGGUGAAAAGCACACCAGACUUUCCCACCGGUGGCAGUGCUGCCUCAAGGAAUGGUGCACAUCCAGACUUUGGAGGAAGACUGGCGCUACCAGGAGAGCCAGGAGCGUCAGCUCCUAGAGGCCCCCCACCGCUGCACACGGAAGAGCAGCAGCAGCGAAAGACUCCAUCGCAGUUCAAGCAUCAUUUUCGGGCUGCGAGCCAGCAGUUCCUGGAGUCCAGCUGGCAACGAUCUGUGGAGGUGGUCUUCUGGAUCGUCAUCGUUUUGGCAGGUGAUUUUAUUGGAGCUUCAUACAUCGAGAAGCUCACAACAGCUGAGGUUUUGGCCUUUCCAUACCCGUUUCUAACAGCCUUUGUCUCAAACCUGGUCGCCGGAGUCCUUGCGAUUCUGAUCCUUAUGAUGCUGGACCGAUUUGAUUCUCGCGGAAGUCUGGGUGAGCUUGCAGCUGUGGGUGGCGAGAUGGACCUAAAGAUGCAGAUUAUCCUGGGAAUCCUCAUCACCUGUGAGAUCGGAGCCGCCGUCAAGGUGUUAUCGAACGUUCACCACACGAUGGCUGCUUGGUUCUACAUGUUGACUCCUGUGGCUACCAUCCUUGUUGCUAGCAGCAACUAUUUUAGAAUGGAGGUGCUACAAAAGGAGCUUCUCACAGCAGCGGGAGUGGCGUCUUUUGGUGGGAUGUUGGCCGUCAAAGGCCCUUGGCCUUCCUUAGAGGGACUCACAGCUCUCCAAUGGGCCUUUGUGGCUGUUGUCAUCACCGUGGCGCGGUGUUUGUUGACGCAGCGCAUCAUGUCACCAGACCUCGGAGAGAGGCCGGGGGCGCUCCACGUGGCCAGGGCAGUCCUUUUGGCCGGCUCCACGGUCGGUGUCGAACUGUCGCUGGUCUACGAGUGGAGCGGCUUUUGGUCACUUCCCUGGCUGUUGAAGGGUUCAGUCUUCCAAAUGCUUUGCAUCAUAGGCUUCUGCCAGGCGCUGAGCGUCAUUGGCUCCACUCGCUUGAUCCAGAUCACCUCAGCGACCUUCGGUGCUCUCCUGGUGCCCUUCCACACGGUGACCAUUCUGCCCAUUGAGUCCAUCAACACUCCAAUUACAGCCGUCAACUGGCUUGGCCUCGUCCUGUGUGCCACCUCGGCCGUGAUGUACUUCAAGGCUCGCAAAAGCAGCGGAGACAUACCGGAAGGUUAUGCUGUUAUCCAGUGCUAGCGCACGUUCAGCGAAGCUGUUGUGGAACGAGCGCGUGUUGGAAAAGCGGCGCGGUUGUAAAGUGAUUGUUGGGAUGGCUUCUACUUGUAUGAGACAUACAUGACAUGUAACGACUUGUGGCAAUAUAAACAGGCAACAAAGUGACGCGUGACGGCCCCUUACUGUGCUAACGGAACGACCACCCAUGUCAUGUCAAAGUGAAGCAGU